AUGGCGGCAAGGAAUUGUCCUUUCGUCAUGAUCGCCCAGCUUCUUCUGUCAACUUGCGGUCGGGAGAGUGUGGCCAACAGCACGGCGUCUGACGUGCAUCUGAUCCAGACCCAUGUCUUCGACCACGGCUCCCGCAUGCCAGCGCGCGGAUUGCCUGGUUGUGUUGAUAACGAUGCAGGCGCCGUACAACUUGCAAGAGAUCAUGCACGUGUGGAUGACGUCAGUGGUUGCUCGGAUGUCGGGCCGUACUGUGCGGACUCGAACUUGUCGAGCCAAGUUCUGGCAGUGUGCUGCGCCACGUGCACCGAGGGGCCCGAUCCAGAGCCCGACGCGGUGCAUUGCCAAGAUCAUUCUGAUUGCCAGGAUCAGGAAUUCUGCUACGAUGGUACGUGCGACAGCUGCAGCCAGUGCCAAUUCUGCUCCGAUGCUGCCUACGUCGACGAGUGUGGGCACUGCGGGCCAGGGUUCCCAAAGCAUGAGGUAACCCCUUGUCACUCCCAUGAGUACGUGGUCACCAAAGGGGCGCUUACGGUCAUACACGCGUGGAAAAAUCUGUCUUCAGAUGAGCAGCUGCUCUUUCUCGAGAAAAAGUUUGUCGAGCUCGACAAGGAUCAGUCUUCGACCCUUGACGUGGACGAGCUAGUGGGAAACCUGAUCGGACAGGACCUCGUCGCGAUCGAAGCAGCAAACGGCACGCUCAACGCACCUUUUGACAGCGUCUUACUUCCCAGGGCUUCGGUACAGGAGUUUGUGACGAAGCACAGCGCCCGUGGGAAUGCGUUCCUGACCCUCGACGAGUGGCUCGCCACAACUUCUCAGCCUGCACAACGAGCUGCAUCCCAGAAGGCGUUGCGUGGACCCUCGUGCACCUUCGAAAGCAUCUUCUCACUUCCCAGCACGUGCUCGGAAACACAAUGGGUAAACAAUUGUGGGAACGCUUGCAGCAACAGUUGUUCCAGUUGCCAGAGGUUGUCGCAUACCAAUUCGAGCUCGGUUGCACGAGUUUCCCGAGAUUCGAGCGCCGUUGCGCGAACGUCCCAAGAGCUUGAAUUCUGGGGCGGGAGGCGUCGGCGUCGUUGGUGGAGCGUCGUCGAGGAUGUGGUAGACACGGUCGUCGAUGUGGUUGUUUGCACUGUGAGUUGUGUCACCAAUUGCGUGUGGUCAUGUUUCACCGAAGCAGUGGAGUACGUGUACACAUGCGUGGUCGACACUGUAGUAAAUGUGCUCAUGAGUUUCGGAGAGUGUCUGUCAGCUGUGGUGGACGCCGUCAACGAUGCGGUCGGUAACAUGUGCGGUUUCGAUCUCAUCCCCACAAGCUGUUCUGGCGUUUGGGAUUGCGUUUCGGAGGGGGCGAGCAACGCUCUCUCAUUCUUGGAAUGCGGAUUCUCGUUAUUGUUGGACGUGCUCGAGAACAUGGUCAUGGCAAACCUUCGCUGUCUGCCGAACAUCGCCGACGGCAUCAGGGCGGCUCUAUUUCCCCCGGAAGCGAUAAUUGCUACUACAGUUUUCGAGGCUUUGUGGGAUUUCGGAGAGAGGGUCGUGAACGGGAUCUACUCAGAAGCAGCGGCCGUGAGCAUCGACUUCUGUUGGAACUCAGCUCCCACCGCCGAAUUCACUGACUGCGGCGCCUUCGAUUUCGUCAGCAGCAUGACUAUUUGGGACGUGCUUGACGUGUUCGGGAUGGCCCAGCGUUUCGCGGAUACCGUUGCGAAGUUCACGAAUUGCCUUACCAAGACGACGAGCCUCCCGGGGCUUAGUUUCGGCAUCCCCACUCCUUUCCUGAACGUUGAUUGGACAGGGGGCUCGUGGUGUGCGCCAAGCUUUGUCCAAACUGCUGCCAAAGGAGUCAUUGGCGUGUUCAGGUACAUAUCUUCAGGACGGAUGCUCGAUGACCUCAUCAUUGUAGGUGACAACCUCCUCACCAAUCUUCAGACGAGGUUGGAAGCAGUGUUCUGUGACGAAGGCGACUUUACCGUCACAUUGGGCGUCGACCUCCAGUUCGGAUACGCAGUCCUUGGAAUCAAGGCCCAGGCAGGAUGUCUCAGUGGAAGAUUCGCGGCCAAGAUUGUCGGUUUUGCUACGGGCAGAAUUUCCAUCUUCGGUUCGCCGUACACGUGGACGCCAAGUGCCUCUGCGUUCUUCAGUAUCAGUUGUACGGCGGGGCCCUCCAGCACGGAGUGGUCGUAUUGGGAGUCGUCUCUGAACGGCAUCCUGGCGUUCGAUAUUUUCUCGGGGACGGUUUCUCUGCCCCUCUAUCCACAGCCGAAGCUCGAGUUUGGCUACUCGUUCUCGCUCAAACUCUGGCCCCAACCAGCCCCUCCCCCUCGCCUGUCGGAGGGGGAGUUCAACAAGACGUCGCUGCUGCCGGCGCUGCGCCUCCUCUCUGGGGCUACGUCCGACCCCAGCUUUGGCGAAGACGUCAAGAGCAAGUUCCCAGACCCCAAGCCGAUCCUCGAGAGGGCCCGCAACGGCUCGCUCGAGAGGUCCAGCAUCAACAGGAGUGCCGGUGAUCUUGCGGGCAGGAUCGCCAUCUCCGUCACGAAGAAUUUCUGUUUCACUUGUGACGAUUUCGGAUCGGAGCCUGCAUGGGUCACGGGACUCUCCAACAUGGCUCAGAAGUUCAACUGCGCUGUGGGCCAGGCGAUGGCGGGAGCCUCCUGGGGUGCGGUGAGCCUCGCCCAGUGUUUCGCCCUUGUGACGCAGUGGGAGGCGGCUGGGAAUUAUUGUGAGUAUUUGUACUCCGACUCGCCGAACGACGGCUCCGGCAUCCCGGGGAGCACUUGCGCCUGCAUGCCGGCCAAUGCGAUGUCUUCUGGGGCUUGCUCCGCAGCGGUUGGAACCAGAGCCAGCCAGGGGUCUGCGCAGUUCGUGACCUACCGGCAUCAGAUGCUGACUUGCGAGACUGGGAGCGGAGCGGCCUGCAAGACUUGUGUCACGCCGCAGGACCGAGUUGUGAGAGACCAGUGUGAGACCUGCAACGAUGGGCACAUGUUGCUCGGCUAUGUGUGCUCGGCCUUCACGCCGUCUCCGACGCCAAGCCCGACAACAUAUCCGACGCCAAGCCCGACGCCGCAUCCGACGCGAAGCCCGACGCCGCAUCCGACGCCAAGCCCGACGCCAAGCCCGACGCCUCUGCCACCCGGCGCCACACAUUCUCCGACGCCAAGCCCGACGCCAAGCCCGACGUCGUUUCCGACACAGUAUCCGACGAGAAGCCCUACUUCGUAUCCGACGCCGUACCCGACGCCGUAUCCGACGCCAGACCCGACCCCCCAUCCGACGCCAGCUUUGGCGGAUUCAUGGGUGCAGCUGUUGGACAACUUCGAAUAUUACGGCGUCGCUCUGCCCUCAUAUGUUACACCUAUGGCAUAUGGUUCGUUCACGCAGUUGCGAGCAACUUACGUUGGCGGAUCCGGCAUCUGGUGCGAUACGAGGAGAUCGGGAGGCACCGUGUGGCAGCAGUGCUGCUGUGGUUACACUGGGUCCUUCGAAUUCAUGAAGAAUGGAGGGUACAUCGUGUCACAAAGCCAGUGGGGCACGCUGCCGUCCCAGUGCACAGUAUCUGGGUACACGAUCACUUGCAAUAUCAAUUUUGCGCUGUCUAGCGGCGAUCGGAUCCUCGCCACUUGGAUGGAGCCUUCCCGGGGAGUGUCGCUUGCUGACAAUGGUGGCAGCAUCGUAGUGGACGUGUACGGGUAUGGCGCAUCGACGUACAGUCCGACGUCCUACCCGACCCCCCGCCCAACGUCCUUCCCGACGGCCUACCCGACGCCAGACCCGACGCCCUAUCCGACGCCAGGUCCGACGCCCUAUCCGACGAAGUAUCCAACGCCAAACCCGACGCACAGCCCGACUCCAAGCCCGACGUUAUACCCGACGCCGUUUCCAACGCCAAGCCCGACGGAGAGCCCGACGGCGAGCCCGACGCCAAGCCCGACGGCGAGCCCGACGGCUACCCCGACGGCAACCCCGACUGCAUAUCCAACGCCAAGUCCGACGCCAAGCCCGACGACAUUCCCAACGCCGAUCCCGACAUCUGCACCCACCUACCCCCCGCUGGGGGAUCUUGCAUGAUCGGGUAUUUGCAGCUGCUCCAGCCCCCCCUGUGGCUGCAACUGCUGGGACUGCACACAAGAGCGUCAAGCUGCUGGAUGCUGCAGCUGCGGGACUGCUUCGAGUUGCGGUUAUGCAGACACGGUUUCUUCCGUGUGCGACGGUUGCAAUGGUUGUUGGCGCAAUGGCAAGUGUGGUUGUAGCACAGAUUCGGUUACUUGGCCCUAUUACGAGGUGUUCGGUCUCACUUGCUCGAGUGAUAGAGGCAGCUACCUGCCCUACCACUACACGUCACCGACGCCAAAUCCAACGCCAAGCCCGACGCCAAGCCCGACACCAUUGCCACCUGGCGUCACGCAGUCUGCGGCCCAGAGCUCGACGCCAAGCCCGACGCCAAGCCCGACACUUUCGGAAGCGCAGAAAACAUGCGGAUGCCCGAGCCCACCUUGUGGUUGCAAUUGUUGGGAUUGCACAGAAGCGCGCAAAGCUGCUGGAUGCUGCAGCUGUGAGGAUGGUUGUGGCUAUUUCGAUCUCGCGGGUUCUAAGUGCACCGAUUGCAAUGGUUGCUGGCACGGCGGCCUAUGUGGUUGCAGCACAGAGAAGUCAACCUGGCUCUACUACAGGGCAUUUGGUCUCACGUGCUCGAAUGAAACGGGCAGGGUCGGCGGACUUGUCCAGUUACGCACGGGUCGCUGGCGAGUACACCACGGAGGAAACUCUUCCAGACGGUGUGACUGCAGAGGACCUCAUGAGUUCCACUACAUAUGUGGCCGCUAAAAAGACGGGUCUGGCUAACGCUCUGAACGCGUCUCUUUCCGACAUUGAAAUCACGGGUUUCGCCAUCACGAGUCAUCCCGAUCGGAUCCCGUUUGCCGCCCGUCAGCUCUCGCAGGACUCACACGUCACCGUGACGACGAAGUUCACGGUGCAGAUCGCUGGCAGCAACAGCGCCGCAUCCCUCACUGCCGCGAUUGCUGGAAUGUCUGCCGCCGUUGAGGCCGAGACGAACAUGGCAAUGGCUGCUGCUGACUGGAGUGGUGAGCCUGUUGUCACCGUGGCCCCUACGCUGACGGCUCCCUCCGUCGGCGCCGCGGGCUCGACUGCGGGAGUCACCAGUGCUCCCACGCCGGUCCCCGUGAUCAUUGGGGCCAGUAUGGGCGCCGUCGCGGGCACCGGCGACCCCCAUCUGCAGAACAUCCUCGGCGAGCGCUUCGACCUCAUGCAGGCGGGCAGGCACGUCUUGGUCCAGAUCCCGAGGGGCGCGCGCUCCGAGGGCACCCUGCUGCGCGUCGAGGCGGAGGCGCAGAGGCUCGGGGAGCUGUGCGCGGACAUGUACUUCCAGGAGCUGAACCUCACGGGAAAGUGGGCGGAGGCAAAGCAGAUUGGUGGCCUCCGGUACCGCGCAGCAGGGGCCAUCACAGAGGAUCCCAGGUGGAUGCAGUUUGGGAGGGUGGACCUCAAAGUCGUUCACGGACGUACGAUGGAGGGGUUCCGUUACCUCAACGUCUACGCGAAGCACCUGCGCCGUGCCGGGCUUCCUGUCGGAGGCCUGCUGGGCGAGGACGACCACAGCAAGGAAGCGACCUCCCCCCAGAACUGCAAGCAUCGCCACAUGAGCCUGCUGGAACCGCACCACGGCCCGAAUAGGCCGGCCGCUUCCGGCAUGGAGCCCAGCUGGGCCAGCCUGGCCUGAGAGCUGCGCGCCCCUCCCCUUUUUUUUGAUCCUCCCCUCCCCCUCCUCCUCCUCUUCCUCCUCCUCCUCCUCCUCCUCCGAAGAGGAGGAGGGCACCGCUUCAUAAUGAUUCCACUUGCGCAAAUGUUCUUGGUAUCGCCACUUGCGUUCUGGUGAACCACUUUGCUGGGCCAGACUUUUCUGCACUUUGGAUUCCGUCCUCAUGUGCCCUCUGCACUCACGACAGUCACGGGGCCAGUCAGUGCGUGAAUCUGCAUGCCAUUCGCGCCUGGGCGUGCUGUGCUGCCAGGUUGAGAUUCAGUUGGCAUACCUUUGCGAUCAGCUUAACAUGUUGCAUCCAUGUAUCAUCAAUCGUUUUUUUAUCAUCAUCCCUCACGUCCAUGA